AUGUUUGCUGAACAAAUAUUUCGUAUUGGUUUUGUACAUGCUGAUCCACAUCCUGGUAAUGUUCAUGUUCAAGUUAAUAAUGAUCCGAAAUCAAAAAAUUAUCGAAAAGCACAAAUUGUUCUUCUUGAUCAUGGCCUUUAUGAAACUUUAUUGAGUGAAGAACGUAAAAUUUUAUGUGAUUUAUGGAUGGCAUCAAUAACAAAUGAUCAUAUACGUAUGAAACAAGCAGCGACGGCAUUAGGUGCACCAGAAAAGGAGUAUGAAUUAUUUUGUACAUUAGUUACAAUGAAACCAUUACCGGAUACUGAACAAUAUAAUAUUCCUUUAUAUGCAAAUAAUUGGGAUCCAUUACCGCGUGAAUUACAAAUGUUUGCAUUAAAAAGUGGAAAAUUUCAUAUGCCAACUCAAGAGGAAUAUGAGAAUGUAUUAACAAAUGAACAACGUUUAGAAGUACGAAAACAUUUUCGUAAAUUAAUGGAUAAAAAACGUCUUGCAUUAUUACGUAUACUUAAGCAGAUGCCAAAAACAAUGUUUCUUUUAUUAAGAAAUCUUAAUUCUGUACGAAAUACAUUAAAAAUUCAUAAUGUUUCGGAAGUUGAUCGAACGUAUAUCAUGACGGAAGUUUGUCAACAAGCAUUAAAAGAAUUUCAAACAAAGAAAAAGAAAAUAUAA